AUUUUAGAACGCGAUGGCAGUUAUUCAAUGGGUUUAUUCUUCCGGUCAAUCAUGGCUCAGUCUCGAUAAGCAAGCACAAUCACAGAUUGAAAAGCUUUGGAGUAUGGACCAAGCCAAUUGGAUUCUAAGCGACGCCUUUUCUGGACCUGUCUAUGUUGAUACCAAUCAAAUGCUUCUCAUGUACGAAGGUUAUUCUUAUACCAUUGCUCGUCGCCAAGUCCACAUGUCGGAUCCUUGAUUUAUUUUCCAAAUCUUUGUUUUCAUAUACCAAUAUCUAUAUAUGUUAUACACACUUUUUUAUAGUUGUACACAUUCGCCACUUUUCUCCCUUUCUCUAUCUUAUAAAUACCAUGUCAUAAUAAAAAACAUCUUUGUCUAAAAAAAUCACAA